AGAGAGCGAUAGAUGCGCUGUGAAGGGGACGCAUUGACAUGGAAGAAACUAAAAAAAAAAGAGGCCACUUUACAAAAAGUAGCCAGUUAGUAAUAGUAGCAUGGAGUGUCGUACUGGAUGAGAUGGUGAAUCCAAUAAGAUUUUCUGAUUUAAGGCAACCUAUUCUCAUUUUCUGUUACGCUAUUUGCGUGAGCUGCAUUUUUCCCCUUUCUCGGUCUUUCCUUCUGAUUUCUCAGAGUCUCGCCAACCCACCACUAUGCGUCUUCGAGCGUUUUGGCUGAUCUUGCUUCGAGUCAGUCUCUUUAUUUUUAGCUUGGCCGCUUUAGCCUGCCAUAUUGCUCAGAUCUUGUUCCUGGUCAAAUACUCGCAAGAUGACCAACAUCGUGCCGGUCCUUGGUGGCCACACUACGUGCCUUACAUCCUGUACUUUGUAGGACCGGGUUUUUCCAUUAUAUGCUCAAUUGCGCUCAUAUUCGUCAGUAUCUCCACCAUCAAAAAUAUUCGAGGCGAUCGCAUCUUGAGCGUCAUUAAUUUAAUUUUGAUGAUUGCCGUCGUUGUGUAUAACACGUUGCAAGCCGGCGUUGUUCCAUGGACCGACGGCAAGGAGAAAGAUCCCGGAAGAGGCCCUUACAGAGGUUAUGCCGAUUACUGCUCCUUCUAUGGAUCGGGUACCGACUCAUUCUAUCGUUGCUGGUUAUCUAAUGGAUUAUGGCUUGCCUCCAUCGUAACGGCCUUCCUGUGGCUUUUGCUCGCUAUUUACACAUUCGUGCAAUCUAGCUCAGAUAUAUAUGAAAGUGAUUACGAUGGAUACGACUACAAACUCGAUGUUCCCAUGGCAGUGACAUCCUCGCCCGUGCCUCCCAAAGCAGAGAUCUAUCGUCCAGAAUCACCGGUUGCCAUGGCAAAUUAUCCAUCUUCCAAAGCCCAUGAACCUGACUACGAUUACUAUGCCAAUUACGCUGCCAAAGAUAACUAUUACGAAAAGAAUCAAUAUCCGAUGCAGCCAGUCUAUACCGGAGGUUACGAUUCCCCCACGGCGCCUUCAACCCCGUCUUACUACUAUAAUAAUGGUAAUUCGCCUUACUAUUAUGGCGGCCACAACCGAGAAGAAGCAAACUAUAUGUUACCCGAAAGUACAUCGAGUCAUCCUUCCCCGUUGGCCCAACCGCCUGUAGCCAAUGGCUAUUCCACGGCCACCGCACAGCCACCUCACUCAUAUGACCACUAGUGGAGAAAAUGCAAAGACUGGUAGAGUCCUUUUUUUUUUGUAGAAUGAAACAAUAUGUAAAAUCAUA